GGACACAACGAAGGCAUGUCAGUGGUCCAUGGCUGUGCUUGUCCCCACACCUGCCUGCAGCACAAGCCCAGGUGAUAAGCUUACCUGUGACCUGGAGACAUCUAACACUGAGAUGGAUCCCACCUUUGGUCACUCGUUUUGGGGGAGGAAAAAGCUGCUUUUUCUUACAGUGCUGAGGAUCCUGGAGCAGGCUCAGAAUGACCCAUGUGGGCUGAAAUGAAGCUGGAGAAAUGAAAAAUUCAUAUGAGGAAGGGCAUCUCAUACUGAGGAACUCCAGGUUCUUCAUAUUUUCGGGCAACUCUAGGUUAUUUUGCGGUAGUGGAAACUGCCACCUGCAAGGGGAUGAUAGACAUACGUGCUUCCUCUGAGGCCAGACAUGCUUUUGCACCAGAUCCUCCAUUCAACUGAUGUCCAGAGAGCAUGGACCUUCCCCAGGGACGGCUUCACCAUUACUGCUGAAUUCAUGGGCUUCUCAGAAAGGAAAGAGGAUGCACUUGUGUGUGUGCCAGGGUAGGUCUGUUCAUGAUCAGCCUAGGGCAGCUCCAUUCUCCCACCACGGAGGAGCCCAAAGGGAGCAGCUCAGAGAUGCCUUUAGGGCUUUUGCCUUUCUCUCCAGACCUGCCCGGCCUCAGGAGUAAUGCUCCCAGAGGUUGGUGUUCACACCUCAGCUUUGUUCCUCGUCAUGCACAAGCCCACACAACGCAGCAGAUGCUGAAUCAGCUGUGAGGCCUGCGGUAGCUGAGGGGCUUGUUGAAGGACGCAGUGCCAGAGCGUUCCAAAGCCCUGAACAGUGUCACAAGUCUACAGGAACAGGCAGAAUGAGGGUGGCUCUGCUGCCAGGGCUCUGAAGAGCAGUUAGACGUUCAUGUGUCUAAAGAAGGCUGGUGUGAAGGCGAAGAUACAGACCUUGCUGUCUGCACUGGAGAAGGAGCACUAUGCUCCUCAAGCCAGGGGUGACGCAGUUGCAUGUUUCUAUGACCUCCAGGCACCAUCACCUCAUGAGCUCCUUCCUAUUUCCUAGAGCCACAUAUAGUGUUGAUGAGGUCCUAAAGGACAUGGGAAACAAUCUGGAUCACCUUGUUCCCUCCAAACACCCACUCGAAACAGUCUGCAGGUGAAAUCAAGGUCGGGGCAACAACCUCAUGGGAGAUUGACCCCUGGGGUGUGGGAGCAGGCUCUGGAGCAGUGGAGGAUCAAUCCUGGCCUCCUCCUCACUGCUCAUAACCAGCCAUGGGAAGAGUGCACCUGCAGAUGAUUUCUGACCCGUCCACCCCUUUCCUCUGGUACAGGCUGCCCCUUGCCCUUCAGCAAGGCUUGUUGCAGUGGACUGCUUGGGUCUUCUGCUCCUUCUUCUUCAGGGAGUGAAGCAGGUGGGGUGAAGGACAUUUUGAAGGUUCAAAGUGUCCUAGUGCAUUUAUCCACCUGGAAAAGGGAGACAGAAGCAAUGAUAAAGGCUGUGGGUUGGGAAUGUGGGGCUGUGGCAUGGAAGACCAACUGGUGGUGUCAUGGGGGAUGCUGUAGGUCCAGAGUGAGGGUAAGAGUACUGCUGUGGAGGAGGGGAAGCCACGUGCAGGCUUCAUCCCUGGGGUGCUAUGAGAAGGCCAGGGAUACAUUUGCUCUCUCCCUUCCUAUCCCCUACUUUCUGUUGGAAAUCACUGAUGCAAAGCCAAAAAACAGGCCCCCCCCCCCCCAAAUUCUGCCUCUGCUGCUGCCUCCAGCCCUCUUACUACACGCUGACUAAAAUGCCCCUGCAGUGAGUGGGCUGGGGUGAGAGAGGCGAGGAGAGGACACAGGAGGGACAGCUGACCCCAAUGGACCAGAGGCAUAUUCCAUACCAUGUAGUGUCAUGCUCAGCAAUAAAACUGGGGUGAGGGGAGAUUUUGUCCAAGGUACCAUUGCUCGAGGACUGGCUGGGCAUCGAUCUGCUGGUGGGAAGUGGUGAGUGAAUGCUUUUGCAUCACUUCUUUUUCUCUCUCUCUCUUUCUCUCUCUCUCUCCUUCACUCAUUAAACUGUCUUUGUCUUGACCCACAGAGGUGGGUUUUUUUGUUUGUUUUUUUUUUCCCCUCACUUUUGCUUUUCCAGUUCUCUCCCCCAUCCUGCUCUAGAGGCAGUGAGUGGGUCAGCAGCUGGUGGGUGCUUAGCUGCUGGUCAGGGUUGACCCACCACAAUCCAGAGAAUGGAAAACCAAUAGAAAACAAAUAUCUCCUCUUGCAGUUUUUAGGUGACCCUCCAGCUCUGCAGUCCAAGAUGCUCUGCAGUGACCUAUGGGCCGGGGAAGUGGAGACAGCUUGGCUGCAGGAACUGACAGCAGGAGGAAUUGCAAAACCGAGCGCCUUCCUCUGCCUCUAAUCUCCUUGCCUGGUCUGUGCUGCAGCUUCUCCCACAAAUGUUAAAGAAGCCUCUCAGCUCUCCAGAAGAGUCAUCCCUGUUUUUCCCGGCAAGCCAGAAAGAAAGGAUCCCUCAUCUACACCACAAACAACCGGCUGAGGUAAUGUACAGAAACUGCUUCUCACUAGUAUGCCAACUGGGCUGUCGUCCCCAGGUUGAGGUGCCUCAAGGACUGAAGUAGUGAGAAAGAGCUGUCUUGGAGCAAAGGAAAGAGCAGACAUUUGUGCAAGGGACCCUUUUCCCGGGAUGGAAAAAGGUGCAGCUUGGGGGGCAGGGGGACAUGCAAGGGCUCCUCCUGGGUGCAACCCUCCCCCCUUUCCUGUGCGGAAGCAAGAAAUUAUGGAGCCGGUCUCUGGUUGAGACUUUUCCAAGGAGACGGUGGUGUGGCAGUGCAGUUAAAGCAAGCGCUCUGCUGAAGGACAGGAGAUGGUUUUGGCUGCUCAGGAAGUUGCAGCUCCCUUCCCACAGCUGUGUGUGCUGAUAGAGGGCCUGGGCAGCCCCACCGCCAGUGCUGCGCCAGAGCAGCGCCUGGUCCUCAGGCAGGAGGGAGGCAAAGCAGCAGGAGAGCAAAUGCUGGAGGGUCCACAGGCCAUGCGGUUCCUUGCCCUGCUCUCGCUCAUCCUCCUGGCCCUGCUGUCCCCAGCCAGCACUGCUGACCCAGGCCAGCCCUGCCCAUCAGAGAUGAACAAGGUCAAGGACCUCCUGGAGGCGAACUGCACAGGGCAGGCUCUCAGCGCGGUGCCCACAGACCUGCCCCUGCACAUGGGCAUCCUUCUGCUCAACGCCAACCACCUGGUGUCCCUCUCCACCGCCGCCUUCCUGCCCUUCACCCAGCUGCAGGACCUCGACCUGUCCAACAACGGGCUGGCGUCUCUGCACACCGGGCACCUGCUGCCGUCCCUGAGGGAGCUGAUCCUUUCCCACAACGCGCUGGGGGCCCUGCCCACCCUGCGGGGCCUGCCUGCACUCACCCGCCUGGCCGUGGCCUACAACAACCUGGUGUCGCUGGACCCAGGGGCUUUCCGCACUGUGCCGCGGCUGCAGGACCUGGACCUGCGAGGAAACCGGCUGCGGACGCUGCCUCGGGAGGCCUUUGCGGGGCUGAGGGAACUCAAGGACUUGGAUCUCUCAGACAACGUCCUGGAGGAGCUUCCCAAGGAGCUGCUGCAGGAGCUGCAGAAGCUGGCGAUCCUCUGGCUCUCAGGGAACCGCCUGCAGACCCUGCCCACCCACUUCUUCCCCGAGGGGCAGUUCUUUGCUUACGUCUUCCUCACUGAGAACCCCUGGCACUGCGACUGCGGCCUGCGCUACCUGCGGAACUGGAUCUGGGAUAACGAAGGCAGUGUCUAUCAGCCAGAGCGGGGCCUGGAGAAGACAAAGGUGGAGGUCGCCCCUGAGAAGGUGCUGUGCCACAGCCCCCCUGAGCAUUGGCAGAAGCCCAUUAUCCGCUUCAAGCCCAAGUGCGGCAACAUGGGGGACGCAGAUGAGGAAGAAGAAGAGGAAGAAGAGGAAGAAAUGAUGGACAAACCUACCACGAUCACCUUCUUCCCUCCACAUCCGUCCACCCCCAAAGAGCACACUACCAUGCCUCAUGCUGUUACCUGGCCUCCCCUCACUACCACAAGACCUCCCAUUGGCACCCCUUGUUGCUCCACCCUUGCCCCAGGCACUUCACUUGCGACGCCUGCAAGCACCAGCGCUCCCAGCACCGCCACUCCUGCACUAGCCAUUCCCGCCCUCACACCCACACAGACACCCAGCACGGCCGCCAUUGUCACUGCUGCUUCAGCCAGCACGUCACACAGAUCCGCCACCCUCGUCUCCACCACCUCAGCGCCAACCACUAUGAGCACUAGACCUCCCAGCACCAGCAGCAGUCCCCAAACCGCCCUUGCCGCUGGCACUACCAACACCUAUUCCACUCUCAUGGUGUCCCCUGGCACAUUGUCCACCACCUCCACGGCAGUGCCUUCUACUGCCAUGCUAGAGGCCUCUUCCACUGUUAGAUCUUCAUCUCCUCCUCUGAUGUCAACCAUGCCGGUGGUCUCCACCACCAUGUUUUCCGCUCAUGCCCCAACACCGCCAGCUCCCCUGGACACCACAAACUUCACCCAGCCUGCACCUUCCCCUCUACCUCCAUCUGUGCCCCUCUGCCCGUGCUCCGCCCCAGGACUGGUGGUACCUGUGCUGCGCUCAUGGGCAGGUGGGGAGGGUCCACAGUGGGGGCAGUGGGUGCUGAGGCAUUGCUGCCUAUUGCACUGGGUGCUCUAUCUGGCCUCCUUGGCUCUGCUGGUCCUGAGCAUGCUGGCUCUGGCAGGCUGGCUGGUGUGGAUGUGUCUGGUGGGAAGACCUUCCUGGCACAAGUCCCUGCAGACCCAAGAGGUGCAGUAUCCGCUGCUGACCUGGAGGGAGUCAACAGGAAGCCCUGAGAUGCAUCUCAGCAGCUUCAAAAGCCCCCUCCAGCGCCCCACGUUCUGUACCAUCAAGGAAGUAGAGUUGUGCCCUGAGGUCACGUACUGCACGAUUAAAGAUCUGGGGAUACAGCAUAGUCCUCCUGCAAGUUCCUCCUUCUGCACCACAAAGGAGCUGUGGGUCCACCAUAGUCCUCUGAAUGCUUCGUUCAAGUCUUUUUCCAGGAAGCUGACGGUCCCAAGCCGCCUCGGGUCCCUGAGGACCCCUUCUGCUUACAGCCUGGACAGGGGUGUCAAGGCCAUUGGUGAUGUCAGAGUGAAAUAUGCUGGCAACACCUUGUAAAUGCUUCUGUAUUCUUCAGAGAAAGAGAUGGCGAGUCAUGGCUCUGCUUCACGUACAUUUGUUUUACAGAGGAAAGAUCUGCUUGCCCAGGGGAAGCCAUCCAGCCCCUUCCCCUAGCAUUACUCUCACAUACCCUGAGGCUUCUAGAUCUGAAAUAAUUACUUGGGUACUUGGCAGGGGGAGAAGAUGUCCUAAACUGGUCAGUGAUAGCUUGGGGCUGACGCUGCCUGGUUUCAGGGUGGGAAAGCAGAGCUUACUUUGUACUCUGUGUCCCAACUGCUUCUGUUCAAAUGAUGCACCUAAAGAUGCACUAUGCUUUCGCUUCAGUGCCAGGUUGUUAAUCACAGAAUAAAUAUUCUCUUUGUCUGAAUUUCAAA